AUGUCGGCUCUUCUCGCUUGUGGUUCUCCAUUCCGGCAUAUCUCGCUUAUGGAUCUCCAUUCCGGCACCAUUCCGGCACCAUUCCGGCUAUUCCCGCUUGUGGUUCUUCAUUCUGUCUUCAUUCCGGCACCAUUCCGGCACUUCUCUCUUGUAGGUCUCCAUUCCGGCACCAUUCCGGAAAUUCUCGCUUGUGAAUUUCCAUUCCGGCACCAUUCCGGAAAUUCUCGCUUCUGGAUCUCUAUUCCGGGACGAUUUCGGCACUUCUCGCUUGUAGAUCUCUAUUCUGGCAACAUUUCGGCUCUUCUCGCUUGUGGUUCUCCAUUCCGGCAUUUCUCGCUUGUGGUUCUCCAUUCCGGUACCAUUUCGGCACUUCUCGCUUGUGGAUCUCUAUUCCGGCAUCAUUUUUACACUUCUCGCUUGUGGAUCUCCAUUCCAGCACCAUUCCGGCACUUCUCGCUUGUGGAUUUCCAAUCCGGCAACAUUCCGGCACCAUUUCGGCACAUCCCACUUCUGGAUCUCAAUUCCGGCAACAUUUCGGCAUUUUCGCUUGUGGAUCUCCAUUCCGGCACCAUUCCGGAACAUCUCGCUUGUUUAUCUCCAUUCCGCCACCAUUUCGGCACAUCUCGCCUGUGGAUCUCUAUUCCGGCAACAUUUCGGCUAUUCUCGCUUGUGGUUCUCCAUUCCGGCAAUUCUCGCUUGUGUAUCUGCAUUCCGGCACCAUUCCGGCACUUCUCGCUUGUGGUUAUCCAUUCCGGCACCUUUCCGGCACUUCUAGCUUGUUUCAUUCCGGCACCAUUCCGGCAUUUCUCGCUUGUGGAUCUCCAUUCUGGCACCAUUCCGGCACUACUCGCUUGUAGGUCUCCAUUCCGGCACCAUUUCGGCACUUCUCGCUUGUGGAUCUCUAUUCCGGCACCAUGUCGGCUCUUCUCGCUUGUGGUUCUCCAUUCCGGCAUAUCUCGCUUGUGGAUCUCCAUUCCGGCACCAUUCCGGCUAUUCCCGCUUGUGGUUCUUCAUUCUGUAACCACUUCAACACUUCUCGUGUCUCCAUUCCGGCACCAUUCCGGAACUUCUCGCUUGUGGAUCUCCAUUCCGGCAUCAUUUUUACACUUCUCGCUUGUGGAUGUCCAUUCCAGCACCAUUUCGGCACUUUUCGCUUGUGGAUCUCCAUUCCGGCACCAUUCCGGGACAUCUCGCUUGUUUAUCUCCAUUCCGGCACCAUUUCGGCAUUUCUCCCCUAUGGAUCUCUAUACCGGCACCAUUUCGGCUCUUCUCGUCUUCAUUCCGGCACCAUUCCGGCACUUCUCUCUUGUAGGUCUCCAUUCCGGCACCAUUCCGGAAAUUCUCGCUUGUGGAUCUCCAUUCCGGCACCAUUUCGGCACUUCUCGCUUCUGGAUCUCUAUUCCGGGACCAUUUCGGCACUUCUCGCUUGUAGAUCUCUAUUCUGGCAACAUUUCGGCUCUUCUCGCUUGUGGUUCUCCAUUCCGGCACUUCUCGCUUGUGGAUCUCAUUUCGGAUCUCCAUUCCGGCACCAUUUCGGCACUUCUCGUUUGUGGAUAUCGAAUCCGGCACCAUUCCGGCACAAUUUCGGCACAUCUCGCUUGUGGAUCUCCAUUCCGGCACCAUAUCGGCACUUCUCGCUUGUUUAUCUCCAUUCCGGCACCAUUUCGGCACUUCUCGCUUGUGCAUCUCUAUUCAGGCACCAUUUCGGCUCUUCUCGCUUGUGGUUCUCCAUUCCGGCACUUCUCGCUUGUGGAUCUCCAUUCCGGUACCAUUCCGGCAAUUCCCGCUAGUGGUUCUCCAUUCCGGCACUUCACAUUUGUGGAUAUCCAUUUCGGCACUUCUCGAUUAUGGAUCUCCACUCUGGCACUUCUCGCGUGUGGAUCUCCAUUCCGGCACCAUUCCGGCACCAUUUCGGGACAUCUCACUUCUGGAUCUCCAUUCCAGCACCAUUCCGGCAUUUCUCGCUUGUGGAUCUCCAUUCCGGCACCAUUCCGGCAAUUCCCGCUUGUGGUUCUCCAUUCUGUAACCAUUUCAACACUUCUCGUGUCUCCAUCCCGGCAUCAUUUUGACACUUCUCAAUUGUCGGUCUCCAUUCCGGCAGCAUUUCGGCAGUUCUCGCUUGUGGAUCUCCAUUCCGGCACCAUUCCAGAAAUUCUCGCUUUUGUAUCUCCAUUCCGGCACCAUUCCGGCACUUCUCGCUUGUGGAUCUCCAUUCCGGCAUUUCUCGCUUGUGGAUCUCCAUUCCGGCACAAUUCCUGCACUUCUCGCUUGUGGGUCUCCAUGUCGACACCAUUCCGGCACUUCUCGCUUGUAGGUCUCCAUUCCGGCAUCAUUUUGACGCUUCUCGCUUGUGGAUGUCCAUUCCGGCACAAUUCCUGCACUUCUCGCUUGUGGGUCUCCAUUUCGGCACCAUUCCGGCAUUUCUCGCUUGUAGGUCUCCAUUCCGGCAUCAUUUUGACGAUUCUCGCUUGUGGAUCUCCAUUCCGGCACAAUUCCUGCACUUCUCGCUUUUGUAUCUCCAUUCCGGCACCAUUCCGGCACUUCUCGCUUGUGGAUCUCCAUUCCGGCAUUUCUCGCUUAUGGAUCUCCAUUCCGGCACAAUUCCACCACUUCUCGCUUGUGGGUCUCCUUUCGGCACCAUUCCGCACUUCUCGCUUGUAG